AUGCCGGCGGCUUUCAAGCUCUGUAAUUCGGUCGUGGAUAAGGAAAAUUAUACCGGCUUUAUCCUGCAGGCUACCUAUCGAGUGCAGCAGGGUAAACCCACAGUUUACCUGUUUGGCCGCCUGCUGGACGGGCGGACAUUUCUGGUGCGUGAUCAUCACCAGACACCGCAUUUCUAUGUGGACGCCGCUGCCCGGGAAGCGGUCGGCGACCACAUCCGCUCAACGGGUGACAAGUUCAGUUUUGCAGGCGAACCGCUGCUGUGUGUAGACGUCGCGAUACCUGCUGAUGCGCCACCACUGCGUGAUCGUUUGCAGGCUCAGGGAUUUAAAACCUACGAAGCUGACGUGCGUUUUGCCAUGCGCUACCUCAUAGACCGUAACAUCAAGGGCGGGGUUGAGAUUGAAGGCCACGCCAUGGCUGGUGAUGGCACCGAUCUCGUAUUUGACGACCCCACACUGAAGCCCGCCCAGGCGGUGAUCAGCCCGCGGAUAAUGGCCUUUGAUAUUGAAACCAACCCUAACACCGACUCACUGUUGGCGAUUGCUUGUUAUGGCUACACCGAUGAUGGUGCCCUGCUUGAUCGGGUUAUCGUUGUAGACAAGCGUGAUCGCAAGAUGCCGCCGCAGGCAAUCCGCGUGCGCAGCGAACGCGAUGCGCUGGAACUGUUCUGCCGGUGGAUGCGGGACUUUGAUGCAGAUGUGAUCACCGGCUGGAACGUCAUCGACUUUGACCUGACGCAAUUGGCUAAAGUUGCUCAACGCGUGCGGUUUGACUUGCAGCUUGGCCGUGAGCGCGGGCGUAUGCAGAUUCGACCCCCGCAGGGCUAUUUUGGUAGCGGGCAUGCGGUGGUGCCGGGGCGCAUAGUUUUAGAUGGUAUUGAUCUGUUGCGUUCUUCGUUUGUGAAGAUGGACGACUAUUCGCUGGACGCCGUUGCGCAGCAGGUACUCGGCGAAGGUAAAACGUUAGGCACAAAGUCAGCGGACAAUCAGCACCCUGAUAAAGUGGCUCAGAUUCUAUCGACUUAUGAAACGGAUCUGCCAAGCUUUACCCGGUAUGCGCGAACCGAUGCCCGUCUGGCUCUGCAGAUACUCGAAUCGCUCAAGCUGAUUGAUCUGGCUUUUGCGCGAUCUGCCCUCACAGGUAUGCCGCCUGAUCGUGUUGCCGCCAGCAUUGCUUCCUUUGACUUCCUCUACCUCAGCGCGCUACAUAAAAAGCGUCUGGCGGCGCCCAGUGUUGUGAGCACUCGCACUUCUGCAGGUCCGCAGUCAGGUGGCGCGGUGUUCGAGCCUCGCGUGGGCAUUCAUCCUAACGUCUGGGUGUUUGAUUUUAAGAGUCUGUAUCCCAGCAUUAUCCGCACUUUCAAUAUUGAUCCCCUGGCGCAUGCACAAAGUGAGCAGCAGGAGGAUUGUAUUGCGACUGAAAACGGUUGUCGCUUUUCGCGCGAGCCGGGUGUGCUCCCGGCCAUGCUGGAUGACCUGUUUCCCCAGCGCAGUCAGGCAAAAGCCGCGGGUGACGAGAUUGCCUCUCAGGCUGUAAAAAUACUGAUGAAUUCAUUUUAUGGGGUGCUGGGUGCACCCUCAUGCCGGUUCUAUAACCCCGCAAUCGCCAAUGCCAUUACCGGGCAGGGCCGGCAUCUGUUGGGCUGGAGCAAAGCGUGGUUUGAAAGCCAGGGGUUUCAGGUGUUGUAUGGUGAUACGGACAGCGUUUUUGUGGCUUCAGGCUAUGCAGAUGCCCAGCAGGCCAACGAGCUCGGACAAAGUCUGGUCACCCGGUUUAACGCCGAUCUAACGGACUAUCUCAGUGAACGCUAUGGGGUAGACAGCCGGCUUGAACUGGAAUUUGAGAAACUCUACACCCAGCUCUUUCUGGCGCGGGUGCGCGGUGGUUCUCAGGGUGCUCGUAAGCGUUAUGCCGGCAAAAUAUUUGGCAGUAACCGGAUUGAAUUUGUUGGCAUGGAAGUGGUGCGACGAGACUGGACGGAACUUGCCAAGAUCAUCCAGCGAAAUCUCUUUGAACGGCUUUUUCAGGGUGAAGAGGUGGCCAGCUAUUUACAGGACGUUAUCAGGCAAUUCCGUUCAGGGGCGCUGGAUCAUCUGCUGAUCUAUCACAAAGGGCUGCGUAAACCGGUGAGUGCGUAUACCAGCAAUGUGCCGCCUCAUGUGCAGGCCGUAAAGCAAUCGCUGUCGCCUCCACCCAGAGUGGUGGCGUACGUUAUUACAACCGCAGGUCCCCAACUGGUAGAUGAGGCUACCGCGCCCCUGGAUCGUGAUCAUUACCUGCAGAAACAGAUUCUGCCUGUAGCGACGCCAGUAUUAGAGGCGCUGGGUCUGGCGUUUAACCAGGUGAUUGGAGACGAUCGGCAGAUUGCGUUGUUUUAA